UUUUCUCAUAACUCUCCAUUGCCUCUCUUCACAUUCCAUUUCCCCAAGAGCCCAACAACUUUUCGGGAAAAUGGAAGAAAGCCUGGUUCUGCUAGACUUCUGGCCGAGCACUUUCGGGAUGAGGGUGAGAAUCGCCUUGGCUGAGAAGGGGUUGAAGUAUGAGUUGAAGGAAGAAAGCUUGAAAGACAAGAGCCCUUUACUUCUGGAGAUGAAUCCACUUCACAAGAUGGUUCCAGUUUUGAUUCACAAUGGCAAACCAAUCUGUGAAUCCCUCCUUAUCCUUGAGUACGUUGAUGAGGUUUGGACUCACAAAUCUCCUCUUCUUCCCUCUGAUCCAUACCAGCGUUCACAGACCAGGUUUUGGGUCGAUUAUGCUGAUAAGAAGAUAUACAGCAGUGGGAAGAGAAUAUUGAUGGAAAGGGGAGAAGAGCAAGAGAAAGCAAAGAAGGAAUUCAAAGAAUGCUUGAAGACUUUGCAGAGGGAGCUAGGAGACAAGCUUUACUUUGCGGGGGAGUCCUUUGGAUUUAUGGACGUGGCACUUGUACCCUAUUUUAGCUGGUUCUACACAUACGAAAGCUUUGGGAAUUUCAGCGUGGAGGCCGAGUGCCCUAGGCUCGUGGCAUGGGCUAAGAGAUGCAUGCACAGAGAAACUGUUUCCAAGUCUCUCUCUGACCCCCAUGAGGUCUAUGGCUUUGCUUUGCAGCUUUUGGGAGGCUUGGAAUAGAUCAUGGAGUGGGGGGCCGAGUGUCUAUGCAGUGAAAGAAGCUCAAGUGUGAUAGGGAAAUGGAAAUAAAACAGUGUCCUUUAGCUGUUAAAUCGUCACAUGUUUAAUGUUUUUAGAUAAUCUGUCUUGUGUUAUUGUUAAGAAAACUUUGGAUCUGUUUGUUUAGAUGAAAAUGUUUUUAUGAGAGAAAAUAGUUUUUUUUUUUUUUUUUUUUGUAAAAAAAAAUUUCAAAUGUGUUUCAUGUUG